AUGUCGAUCGAGGCAGAGGCUCUGCUCCAGGAGGCGAAGGAGAGCAUCGAGGCAGCGCAGAACUACAGGAGUGAGCUACAGCACAGGGUGCAGGGCCUGGACCUGGCGCGCCAGCAGAUCAAGGGCAGCGCGACGCAGACCCGGGCCGUCCUGGUGCAGCACUUCCAGGAGCUGCAGGGCACGGUCAGCAGGCUGCUGGAGGAGCGACUGGCUGCUCUGCUGCUGGAGGUGGACGCUAUCGAGCAGGACAGCAUCCGGCCGCUGGACGACUGCCAGAAACUGAUUGAGCAGGGGGUGAGCAUGGCCGACGAGCUGCUCAGGGAAGGCGAGGCUGCUCUGCACUGCGGGGUUGGAGAGAAGGACGACAAGCUGGUCAGCUUUACCAAAAAGGCUCUGCAGAUUCAACUGGACAGUCUGCCCGAGGUGCCGUCUCUUGCGGAGGUGUCCUGCCUGUCUGCUCAGCUCGACGACUCCCUGCUCCCCGCGGUGAAGGGCAGGAUUUGCACCCAUGGCAGUGUGGCGUCGCACCCUCCCGUGCAGAUCGACGAGCUGGUGGAGCGGCCGGGAGGGGUCCUUGUGCGCUGGUGUAAGGUGGAUGAUGACUUUGCAGCUCAGGGCUACCGCCUCCAGUUUCGCAGGAGCACGUCGAUCCACUUCGAGGAUGCCUAUGUGGGGCAGGACAGCGAGUACCUGGUGCUGCACCUGGACCCCUACACAGAGUACCUGUUCCGCGUGUGCGCGCGGGGCGACGGCUGCCAGGAGUGGAGCCCCUGGAGCGUCCCCCAGACUGCCUGCACCACCCUCGCCCCCCACGAAUGGAGCCCGGGCAAUGAAGAGUACAGUCUGAGCAGCCGUAGGGACAUCGCACUGAGAAACGACUCCCCGCUGUGUGGAGCCAGGGUCCUGUACUCACAGGCCCCCACCUACUGCUGUAGACAGACCCUCACUUUCAGAAUUAUAAGUGCAGGUCAGCCAGACAAGCGGGACAGUGUGGGAGUCUGUGUGGACCGUCGCAAUGGACAGGAUUCCCUACAACGAGAUCAGGCUGUUUGCAUUACUACCAGCGGUGCAGUAUUUGUAAACAGCAAAGAAAUGACCAACCAGCUACCGGCCAUUUCAACUGGAUCUGCGGUGACUUUCGACAUGGAAGCGGUGAACGUGUUUCCUGUGAAUAUUAACAAUAUUGACAGGGCGAGCGUCAAGCUGAGAGUGACGAUUGGUUCAGGGAGCAGGGAGGUGGUGUUUGAUUGGUUACUGGAUCAGGCGUGUGAAGGGCUUUUCUUUGGGUGCUCCUUCACACACCCAGGCUGGAAAGUGUUUGUGUUUUAAUCCCUUCAUGUUCCAAACCCCCUUUCAUUCGAUUAACCUGGUAGCUUCACUUGAACAUUGAGGUAGAUGUGGCAUUGGAACUGCUGCCUUAAAUUUCACUUAACAAUAUUAAAAGCGAUUUACAUUUACUUUAAAAAGACAAAGUCUAAAGGUUUAAGAAUUUAGUAAUUUUCACCUUUAGCGUCAGUAAUGCAGGGUGAAGAACCAGAAUUAAAACCAAGCUGUGCAUAAUUUUUUAAAAACUGUAAAAAUGUCACUGGGUUGCCUUUUUCAUUUUCUAAUACUUGUUUAGCGAAUACCUUGUCUUUCUAUCAGUGUGACCGGCAGGUCGGUAGAAAUAGGGUUUUCUGCAAGAAAUCAGAGAGAUGCCACAACCCUAAACUCCUUGCAUGCUUUAAUUUAUAUAUUUAAAAAAAGAAAAAUUUUGCUUAAUGCUCAUUUCUCUUGUGCCCAGAGACAAUCCUUACAGUAUUUAUUUAUAAAAAAAAAAAAAAAAAAAAAAGCACUUUUGGCACAUCAAACGAGUAGUGAAUGCUUGUAAAAAUUAAAUCAUGCCUUGAAGUGCCCCCCCUCUUCAGUUAUGUACAUUUAUAAGUGUGUCACUUUUUAUACUGGUGGAUAAACAUUGGAAUGAUUCAUCUGUUCUUAAACCCUUGUAUCUUGUUCAGCAAAGCCAGGUUUAACAAACAAAAAAAAAGCUAGACAUCAAAGUGCAUGUCCGUAAUAAUUCCCCUCUGUGAGGUUAAUGAAGCAUUUACACACAAUCCAGGGGAGGAAGGGGCUGUCUGCUUGACAAAGUAUUUUACUAUUUCUGCAGUAUCGGGCUUAAAAGUUUGGAUUGACAAAGCACUUCAUUAUUUCCCAUUUCCUAUAAUGCUGUAUUCACAAACCAGUGACGCACUAUAAAUACAGAGAACUGAAAUUCAUUUACUGGUCUUUUGCAUUGGCAAAAUUGGGACUCUAUUAAUAUGCACCUUUUAAAAUAAACAAAGUACUGCUUUAGUUGAACUGUGAGAACUGUUUAUCCAAACAAUGUAAAUGGUUAUAGUAUUGUUCAAUGUAAAGGGUUAUAGUGUUGUUCAAUGUAAAGGGUUAUAGUGUUGUUCAAUGGAAAGGGUUAUAGUGUUGUUCAAUGGAAAGGGUUAUAGUAUUGUUCAAUGGAAAGGGUUAUAGUAUUGUUCAAUGGAAAGGGUUAUAGUAUUGUUCAAUGGAAAGGGUUAUAGUAUUGUUCACUUACCCCAUGGUUUGUUUUGCCGUCUUUGUUUUUGUUUAAGCAGCAGAAUGUGCUUGUUAAACAUUUGUA